GCUCAAGGCACAUCGAUAACGUCCGCAUCUUCAUCCACCCUAGGCACUAGCCAUCCGUACCAAACGACCAAUACACCCAGCAGUCUCGCCAAGUACAUGUAUACAGACAGUAACCUUACGCAAUCCCUCAAUGGCCAAUGUCCACCCUCUGCCUCACAAAUUCAGGGCAUUUCGGAGGCUGACCCGUCCAGACCUUCUACUGCCACUUUACCCUUGGAGACAUCAAACCUGGACCCGCCUCCCGUGAGGAUUCUCCCAUUUUCCAGACCGCUCAUGAAGAGGACACACACAAUCGCCACGACCGGCAUCCCCGCUGGGAAUGUGGCAGCAUUUGGAAGCACAGGUGAAUAUCUGCAACUGUCUACACCAUAUCCAGAACUAGCCCCUCUGUCUUCUGCCGCAAACAAGACACAACCUUGCCCCUCAACGAACCUCCCAACUCAAGCUGAAACUCCCCGAAUCACCGUCCUGAAGUACUCGAACCCAGCCGCACAACUCCCAGCCCCAGCAGCUAACCCAGGCGGGUCCCAGCCAGUCCCUAAAGUUCCCAUGCCCCCUUUGCCCUCCUAUCCAGGCCUCAUCGCAGCCCCGAGCAACGGGCAGCCAAUUACCUCCUGUGACCAGCACCAGAAGCACUAUUCUCUCGAAUCAGCUAUAAACAACAUCCCCACCACCACAACAGCCGAAGCCACGCAGCAAGAGCCACCCCGGGGGAAACAACUGCUGCUGCUGCAGAACAUACCACUCCCAACCCCGGAAGAUCUCGCAUCAUAUGGUUCAGCAUCCACAACCGAGCGCAUGCAGCUCGUCGAGUCCUGGAUCUGUCGCCACGUAGAAGAUGACGCCUUUCUCAAGCUCUGUGAAGACGUAGAGGGUAUAUGGCAGCGAAUGAAGUUGGGGGUGAGCAAAGGAGGUACGUGAUUUGGGCUGGUGGGUCUUUCCCCGUGUACCUUCCUAUUCUUGUUUCCUGUUUGAACGGAAUUCGCGCGAUAAUUGCGAGGUUUCCUUGAUUCUUUCUCUCUUGCUUUCAUCUCACAGCGGAGUUCUUGCCUUGAAGUAUGAAAUGCCCCGAUAUUUCCGUUUCUUUGUUUCCUUGUUGCUGCCUUUUUUUUUCUUUUGCGUCACAGGUCCUCAAGUUGUGAAGGGAAUAUCUUGUUUGAUCUCACCAUGUUACCGCCGACUAGGGCAAGGAGUAAUAGGAAGAAG